CCCACUGCCUGGCCCCCACAGUUGACGGAGGCUUCCAGACCGCAGCGCCGACCCCUGCACGUGAAUGUGGGAGCAGCAUGACGACGCGACGGACACUCGCCUUCCGACUGAGUCUACAUCUGACUACCAUCACUACGUGACUUUUGCACUGCCAGACUUGCCAGACCAUACUCUUCGCGUGCGUCAGACAGAUUCAGGUCUGAAUGACUACUGUGAGGGAGCUGGCAACGGCUAUACGGGUUACCUGUCUGUUGAGCGGGGUACCAAGCACUUCUAUUUUGCUUACUUUGAAUCUCGCAAUGAUCCUAUGAAUGACCCUUUGGUCAUGUGGAUCAAUGGCGGCCCUGGAUGCUCCUCAACAACGGGCUGGCUCAUGGAGCUGGGCAGCUGCCGUGUCAAGCUUGAUGGUUCAGGCACGACCAAGAAUGACUAUGCCUGGACUGAAGCUGCAUCAAUCGUCUUCCUUGAUCAACCAGUCGGUGUUGGCUUCUCCUAUGCUGAACCUGGGGCAGAGGUGGACCGUACUGAAGCGGCAGCAGAGGACAUUCUUGCCUUUUGGCGGCUUUGGUAUCGUGCCUUCCCUCGUCAUCAGCAGCUUCCAUUACACUUUGCUGGUGAGUCUUAUGCAGGGAAGUAUAUUCCUACCUUUGCGGCUCAUAUCAUCGAGGAGAAUGAACUGGCCAUCAAGCAGUCUCGCAACAAAGACCUAAUCCCGCUUGCAUCUGUUCUGAUUGGCAAUGGCAUUUACGACAACCUCCAUCAGGCAACCUCUGCUUGGGACAUCGCCUGCACCAAUGUGACUGGUAGCGGACCGGUGCUCAAUGAGACUGUUUGUUCGACGAUGGAGACAAAAGUGGCGAGGUGCGAAUAUCUGCUCAAGGCGGCCGAAACGUUCCCUGACUCAUACAUUGGUGGUGCUGCUGCUGACUUUUGCGACGAAGCAUUCAUGCAACCAUAUGUCGAUGCAAAUCUCAACCCAUACGAUGUGACGAAACGCUGCAAAGGCGAGCUUUGCUAUGAAAUUGAGGACGCCAUUUCCACCUACCUCAACAAGCCCGAAGUACGCAAAGCCUUUGGCGUCUCGAAACACGUCAAACACUUUACAGGUUGCUCUAAUAAGGUCUUCCAAGGUUUCUACAAGAGCGGUGAUCCUUACAUUGCAUCGGCACCUCUCGUCGCAUCUAUCCUUGAUUCUGGGCUGCGUGUACUCAAUUAUGUUGGCACACUCGACUGGAUCUGCAACUUUGUUGGGAAUGAGCGGUUCUUGAAUGCAUUGCCAUGGUCGGGACAAGCUGGGUAUCGCCACCAAGCUGCCAACAACCAGACUGCAUGGUCGGGAGGUCUUACUUGGCAGUACAAGAACUUGGUCUACACACGCAUUUGGGGAGCUGGUCACAUGGUACCGUAUGACCAACCUGAAGCAUCACUCAAGAUGGUCAAGCAGUGGCUUGCUGAGAAACCAUUCAACGGGUAA